GCAACGCAGGAGUAGAACACGUCUGUGACCGGAGGUAUUGCUGAUUGUGAAAUGUAGCAAAUACAGGUCUCCAGAGAUAUAUAUAUAUAUACAACGAGACGGGCGCUGUCAUUUGCCUAGCUUUGUUUCUGAAGAAAAGAGCGACUUUGUUUUCAUUAUAAUUCGAUUUGCAGUGGCCAAAGUUUUUGUUCUCAGACUCGAGAUAGUUUGUGUCACACCAGCCCAGAAUGGAGUCCUUUAUAAUUCAAUUUGGUAUUUUGCUAAUGGUACUCUGCCUUUGUUCUGAGAAGAUAGAAGGGAAAAAAGAUGAAGUAUUGUAUUGUUCCGCCUGCAGGGCAAUAGUUGAUGAGCUAAACUACUCCAUAAAACAAGUGGAUCCAAAGAAGACAAUCCAAGUAGGAAAUUUUAGAAUUGCUCCAGAUGGAAGCCAGAAACACAGUAAGGUCCCAUUUGCAAGGUCAGAGACUCAUUUAACUGAGCUAAUGGAAGAGGUUUGCAAUCAUAUGAAUGAUUAUUCCUUGUAUGUUGACCCGGACACUAAAGAAAAACUGUAUAAGAGAUUUGCUCCAAGGGAUGGUGAUCCUGACAAAAGUAUGCUGGGAAACCUGCAACAUUUUCAGUUUGGUGAUGGACCAGACAGUUCAAAGUCUUUGAAAUUUGCGUGUGAAAGCAUAGUAGAAGAGUAUGAAGAUGAUAUCAUUUCACUAUACGCCCAAGAGGCAGACCAUGUGGUGGACAAGCUGUGCAGGGAUAUAACAGAUCUGUGUAAAGGCUCUCUUGCCGUCCACGCUGAAUUAUAGUGCACAGGUAUUGUACUGAAAAUUAUCCUGAGUGUUUAAGCAGAAGAAAAGAAUGUUGCAUAUCUGCAAAGAGAAAUAAAAGGACUUCUAAUGACGACCAACACGUUUUUUUGUUUUUUUUUUAAACAUAAAGAAUUUUAAUUUUAAAAGCGGUUUGUUUUCUGCUUUUAAACUUAGCCACUAGGUUAUGAUUAUGAUAUUGAGAAGCAACAUGACCAUGAAAACAAUGUUAUUGCUGACCUAGCUGAUAAAUCAUAUGGCUGUAGACGUGUAUAUAAUGUCCACAUGUAAAGAACUUGGAUUUGUUCAUU